AUGUCUGCUCACAGCUCUGUUUUACCGGAGCAAGAAGAGCAAAACCCGGCUGUGUUUGACCAUCCAGGUGCAUUAAACCCGCUGGACCCGGGUGGAGGUGGGGAUGAGUCUGUGUCUGCCCGGUUUCUACAGGUGGAGCUGGAAUUGAACCUCCACCUCCGCGGCCUCACGUUCACCGAGCCGGUCCGGUUCAUCUACAACCCGCUGGAGUACGCCUGGACCCCUCACCGCUGCUUCGUGGAGACGUACUGCAGACCCGGGCAGAGCGUGCUGUUCCUGGGCAUGAACCCGGGGCCCUUCGGCAUGGCGCAGACCGGGGUCCCAUUUGGAGAGGUGAAGUCUGUGGUGGAGUGGCUGAAGAUCUCCGGAGAGGUGGGCCACCCGAUCGAGGAGCACCCAAAGCGGCGCAUUAUGGGCCUGUCCUGCACUCAGAGCGAAGUCAGCGGGGCAAGAUUCUGGGGGUAUUUCCGAAAACUCUGCCCAGAUCCCUCUCUCUUCUUCAGGCACUGUUUCGUCCACAACCUUUGCCCACUGAUGUUUAUGUCCGCUAGUGGCAAGAACCUCACCCCUCCCGAGCUGAAGCCGGGGGAACGUGACGCCCUGCUGGCGAAGUGUGAUAUUGCGCUGUGCCAGGUGGUGCAGGCUUUGGGUGUUUCCAUGGUGAUCGGUGUGGGGAGGGUGGCGGAGCAGAGGGCCAGGAAAGCUUUGAAUAUGGCUGGACUAAACGUGAGGGUGGAGGGCAUCAUGCAUCCCUCUCCCAGGAACCCAGCGGCCAAUAGGGGCUGGGAAGACGUGGCCCGCCGGAAACUGGAAGAACUGGGGGUUAUUUCACUAUUAACCAGAGAUGGGUAG